AAUGCCCACAACCACCACCCAACCCCUGGAGGGCGAGGCGGGGCCUUCUGCUCUGGCUGCCCUAUCCCCGGAGGCGGGGCGGGGCCGCCUGUUCCGGCCACACGGGUCCCAGCCCCCACCUCCCCCACCCAGGCAGGUGCUCCGCGACCACAACUGCCUGCAGACGCUGCUGCAGCACCUGACCUCGUACAGCCUGACCAUCGUGAGCAACGCGUGCGGCACGCUCUGGAACCUGUCAGCCUGCAGCGCGCGGGACCAGGAGCUCGUGUGAGACCUGGGCACCGUGGGCAUGCUACGCAACCUGCUGCACUCCAGGCACAAGAUGAUCACCAUGGGCAGCGCCGCUGCCCUGCGCAACCUGCUGGCCCACCGGCCCGCCAAGCACCAGGCAGCUGCCACAGCCGUGUCCCCCCUCACCUGCAUGUCCAGCCUUUAUGUGCACAAGCAGCAGGUGCUGGAGGCAGAGCUCGGCCGGCACCUGGUGCAGGUGCUUGGCCACCUGGAGAAACAGGCCCUGCCCUUGGCCGAGGCCACUGCCAAGAAGCCGCUGCCGCCCCUGUGGCACGUGGACGGGCUGGCGCGGGACUACACCUCUGACUCGGGCUGCUUCGACGACGAUGGCGCGCGGUCCCUGGCCACCGCCACUGCCGAGCCCGCCAGCAUGGCCAUGCUCUCCCUCUUGUUGGGCAGCCCCUUCCUUCAGGGCCAGGCGCUGGCCCGCACCCCGGCAGCCCACUGCGCCCUGGAGCCCGAGAAGGAGGCCGGUGGCGAGGCGGCAGUGGAGGCCAAGGCCAAGCUGGCGCUGGCUGUGGCACAGAUCGACCAUCUGGUGGAAGACAUCUCGGCCUUGCACACCUCCUCUGACGACAGCCUCAGCCUCAGCUCUGGGGACCCCAGGCAGGAGGCACCGAGGGAGGGCCGGGCGCAGUCCUGCUCGCCCUGCCGCGACCCCGAGGACAGCCGGCCAGCGGCGGGGGGCCGGGCGCACCCCCUGCUCCGGCUCAAGGCGGCCCACGCCAGCCUCUCCAACGACAGCCUCAACGAUGUAGCUGCUGCCCGCUGGCUGGACCUCGACCUGCGGGGCGGCCAGGCUGAGGGGUCCACCUGGGACGCCGGCGGCGCCGACGCCUGCGUGCGCACCAACAAGCUGUCACCCACCUAUCAGCACGUGCCGCUGCCGGAGGCCGCGGGCAGGGCAGGCGUGGGGGGGCCCCGCGGCCCCAAGGUGCCCCCCGCGGCCCGGAAUCAGGGUUGGCUGCUGGGGGAGGGCCUGAGCCAGGUGCCCGAGAAGCUGGGGGGCCCGGCCAGCCGCGGCCAGAGGGCGCUGCAGAGGCUGGUGGCGCAGGAGGGGCCCCUCUCACUGCCCCGCUGCAGCUCGCUGUCCUCCACCCGACGCCCGGGCCCCAGAGAGGCCAGAGACUUGGACAGCGACUUCUCCCUCAAGGCUGAGGAGGCCGGCCCCGAAGAGGCGGAGCUGGACGGGGUGUGGGGCGGGCCAGGGCCGCCUCCCUGCCUGUGGCCAUCCUGGCGCCCCUGGCGAGGCCGCGGCCGGGGCCUGGGCGUGGAGGACGCCACGCCAUCCAUCUCAUCUGAGAACUGUGUGCAGGUGAUGCCCCUGGUGCUGAGCCGCUGCAGCUCCGUGAGCUCCCUGGGCAGCUUUGAGAGCCCGUCCAUCGCCAGCUCUUUCCACAGCGACCCCUGCAGCGGGCGGGGCAGCAGCACCAUGAGCCCCAGCGAGCUCUCCGACAGCCCAGGGCAGACCAUGCCGCCCAGCCGCAGCAAGACGGCGCAGGCCGCGCUGCCCGGCCAGCCCGAGAGCAGCCAGAUCAGCCUGCAGUGGGAGAGCUACGUGAAGCGCUUCCUGGACAUCCUCGACUGCCGCGAGCGCUGCUGCCUGCCUUCGGAGCUGGACACCGGCAGCGUCCGCUUCACUGUGGAGAAACCGGACGAGAACUUCUACGCCUCCAGCCUCAGCGCACUCGCCCUGCAGGAGCACUCCGUGCAACAGGACUUGGAGCUGAGUCUGCUGCCACCGCCCGCCUGCCCUGACCGGCACUGGCGAGAAGAGGCCGCUGCCGGACACCUGGAGGGGCUGGCGCCCAUGGGCUCCCGCACACGCACAGCCGCAGACUAGGAGCCGGAGCUGCUGCGAGAGUGCCUGGGGGCAGCCGUGCCCGCGGGGCUCAGCAAGGUGGCCUCAGCGCUGGUGCACGACCGCCGGGCGCUGCCCGUCCCGGUCUACAUGCUGGUGCCCACCCCGGCCCGGGAGGACGACUCGUGCGCUAACUCGGCUGAGGGCACGCCAGUGAACUUCUCCAGCGCCGCGUCCCUCAGCGAGGAGACCCUGCAAGGGCCUCCCAGGGGCCGGAUCACAGGCAGGAGCUCGCCGGCCUCGCGACCCCACAGCCAUGUCUCAGGACACUGGCUCAAGGUCGGGGGCGCCGGCCGGAGCCCGGAGCAGGCCCGGGGCACAGGCAGGAACCGGGCCAGGCUGGAGCUGCCCCUGGGCCGGCCCCAAACCUCCGCAGGCAAGGCGCUGGCGCCCAGGCAGCAGCGCUCUCGGAGCCUGCACCGGCAGGGCAAGAUCUCGGAGCUGGCGGCGCUGAGCCACCCCCCCAGGAGCGGCACCCCCACUGCUCAUCUGGCCAAGACCCCUUGUUCAAGCUCCUCCCAGACCUCGCCCGCCUCUCAGCCUCUGCCCAGGAAGUCGCCCUCCCCCCACCCCGCCACCCCAGCUGCAGGGUCUCUUCCUGGCCCAAUAGCCACCGGAGUGCCCAAGACGCCGGCGCGGGCCCUGCUGGUCAAGCACCACAAGACCCAGAAGUCGCCGGUCCGGAUCCCGUUCAUGCAGAGGCGGGCCAGGCACGGGCCGCCGCCGCUGGCCAGGCCCGCCCCAGAGCCGAGCCCCAGAGGCCGCGAGGAGGCGACGGGGGCGCGUGGGGGCCGACUGGGCCUGGUGCGUGUGACCUCCGCCCGCUCCAGAGGCAGCGAGUCCUCGGACCGCUCGGGCUUCUGGCGCCAACUGACCUUCAUCAAGGAGUCGCCUGGCUUGCUGAAUCGCCAACGCACGGAGCUGCUGUCCGACUCCGCCUCCACCUCCCAGGGCGCGUCGCCCCGCCAAGGCCGGCCCGCGCUCCCCGCCGUCUUCCUCUGCUCUUCGAGCUGCAAGGAGCUGAGGGCGGUCCCCCGCCAGCAGCCAACCCGACCAGGGUCCGCUCCCGGCCCCGGCCCGCGCGUGCCCCUGCGCACCAGUUCCCAGAGCCCGUCGCGCCUGCCCGUGCGGCCAGAGGCGGUCAAGCGCUACUCCUCCCUGCCCCACAUCAGCGUGGCCAGCAGGCCCAUUGGCGGGGCCCCGGGAGCCCCCCAGGCACUCCCCUUCCCCCAGCAAAGCGGGAGUAAAGGCGAGGCGCGGCCACUGCCCAGGGUGGUCGCGCCAGGCACGAAGUGGCGGCGCAUCUGGGACCAGGACGUCGCGCACAUCCUGUGCAGCACCCUGCCCGCCUUGGCCCUGCCGCUCUGGGGCGCCUUGCUGGAGGAGGGCCCCGUCAGCCCCCCGCCACGGAAGACCAGCGACUCCAUGGUGCAGACAGAAAAGGUGGCUCAGCCCAAGACCAACGCCAGCGCAUCCCCGAGCCUGAAGAGCAGGGAGCAGCCCCCUGCCUCAACAGGCGCCCUGGCCGCCUACGGCAGCGACCUGGAUGGGCCCGUCUGGGCCAAGGGCGCUGCCCCCAUGCCCUUCGCCCACGAGGACUUGGGUAUCGCCGUGGGGGACUUCCCUGCCAGCCAGCACGCUCCCCGAGCCGCGAGGCGCGUCCCGCCCUUCAACUACAUGCCCAGCCCCAUGGCAGCUGCCAUGGCCACCACGGACUCCACCAUGGAGAAGUCCCUGAGCCCUCCCCACUCCGGUUCCCUGGAGUAGGCCCCCGCCAGCCUGGCGGAGGCUGUGCAGAUGCGCCUAGCAGACCAGCUCACCGCGGCCUCACCUCGCCAAGGCCUGGUCUCAGAAGGGAAUGGGGUGCAAGUGCCCGCCCUAGAGGCAACCCCAGGGGAGCCA